AUGCACAUUGAAACUCUACUUAUAAACCAGUAUAGAUCUAUUCCUAUAGUUAGUCGACUCUUCUUUACAAUAAGUAUUUCUCUGACUCUUUUGACUUAUCUAGAUUUUAUUAGUCCGUACAGCUUGAUAUACUCAUGGGCACACCUGCAGAAACUAGAGAUAUGGCGGGCUUUAACUACUUUCUUCUACUGGGGACCGGCUAGUCUUGACGUCUUCAUUCACCAGUUCUUUAUGCUCAAGUAUUGUGUUAUGUUGGAAGAAGCCUGUUCAGAUCCAUCGGAUUUCCUUUAUCUACUGAUAGUAGGUAUGGCUUUGAUCUUUGGUAUGGGUAAUAUCUUAGGUAUGGCUAAAAUGUCUAAUGCCUUAUCUACUUACAUUAUCUACAUUUGGAGCAAAAGGAAUCCCUUAAUUCUUGUUCAGUAUAUGGGUCUAUUCAAUCUACCGGCCUACUAUGUACCUUGCAUUAUGUUCCUCUUCUCUUUCAUUGUAGAGAAGAAGCUACCCCAAAGUGAUUUAGUCGGUAUAGUAGCUGGCCAUAUUUACUUCUACUUUAAGCAUGUAUAUGUCAAGACUAGUACUUCUGAGCCUUUACGCACUCCUUUGCUUUUGAAAAGACUCUUCCAGAAGCCUAAAUCUACUUCAAAUUCAAACACAAACGGUCAAAGUCGGUCUUCACCUACUCAAAAUAGUCCCAAUAAUUCAGCUACUUCUCUUAAUUCAAGUCGUAUUCGUACUUUAGAUGAUAUUCAAGCCAAUGGCUAA